GUCAAGAAACAAAAUAGGAUAUAUCUUGAGAAAUGCGUAAAUCUCGCUCUACAUAAUGUAAUAAGGACCUAGUAACGUUCUCUGGACAGGCCUUCUAGGACUGAAAUAAUUUGUGGGAUGUUCACCGGCCGCAAAGAUAAUGAUUUGAAGCGUAAAUGCCACCAAGUUCUUACCAAGGGAGACACGGGCAAGUUGGAUCCGAUCGAACAUUUGAGGAUGCGUUGUCUUGCUAGGGGUUGUAAUGGUAUCAUGGGACUAGGGAGAACUUUCAAAAUAAUGGAUGACGAUGGAAAUAGAUCUCUUGAUUUUAACGAAUUUAAAAAGGGGCUACGCGAUUAUGGAGUGAUGUUAGAACCGAAGGAAGUGAAAAGGACCUUUGAAGCAUUUGAUACUGAUGGCAGUGGAACCAUAGACUUCGACGAGUUCCUUAUCAGACUCAGACCACCCAUGAGUAAAGCAAGAAAAAACGUCAUCCAGCAAGCAUUCAAUAAAUUGGACAAAACAGGAGAUAAUAACAUUACCGUAGAAGACUUGAAAGGGGUAUACAAUGUGAAGCACCACCCAAAAUACCAAAAUGGUGAAUGGACAGAAGAACAGUGCCUCAGGAAAUUCCUUGAUAGCUUUGAUUCACCCGAUGAUAAAGAUGGAAUAAUUACGUACGACGAGUUCUUGAAUUACUAUUCUGGUGUUAGUGCCUCGAUCGACAGUGACGCCUAUUUUGACUUAAUGAUGAGAAAUGCUUACAAACUGAAAUAGCUUUUUUAAUCUAAAAAAAUCAAAAUUAAGGAUGUAUUAUAUUUAACAUUUUUUUUCCAAAAUAUAACCAUAUAAGUAAGAAUAAAUAUAACUAAAUGGACUUUUUUGUACUAUGAAAACAAUAACGGGUGCUGAUGCUACAUGCUGACACCUGCUGUGGCUUGGAAUUUGGAAUAUCAAGAGACAAAUAGCAAAGCCAGUUGAACCCAACAGCAUUUCAUAAUGCCCUUAUUCCCUUGUAGAUUAUAAUUAGGCCUUAUUGGCAGAUGUAAAAUUGACAAGUUGAUUUUUUUUAUUUCUUCAGCUCUUAUGCUGUUUUGUAGGUAGAAGGGUUGUAUAUAUGGGAAAUAGAUUGCAUUGUUCCCAACAGGGGCAGGAUUCUUCUUCUUAUCAAUGUAAUACAAGUUAAAGUUUUGUAAUUAUUGUUUUUAUCGAGCUUUGAAAUGUACAAAUUAGAUGUAAAUGUUGAUAGGGAAGUAAAAGUAUGUUAUGUGUA